UCAAAACCUGUGUUUACGACUUUUUUUUUCAUAUUUAGGAGGAGUAGACUACGGUAGCAAAAUAGGAGAAUGGGACCAUUUAUUCCGGUGUUACUCUACGUGUAUAGUGUUUGGCAUAUCUUCGUAUACAUCUGCAAAUCUGGAUGAAACUAGGGAGAAGAUGAUUGCCGCCUCAGAACCGGUGGAAUAUGCUCCUGGUGGAAGACUAACAAUUUUAAGACAUCCUGAAGCUAUAAUUGGUCAACAAACAUUGAAAAGUCGAUCAACUGCUGGAGACAAUGUUUUGUUACAAAAAUUGAGUCAAGUAAACAUUUCAGAGAACUCGCCUAAAGAAUUUUGGAUUGUACGCGAGAAUGAAGCAUGCGGGGAAGAAGAAUUAUAUUGUUCAGGCAAAGUCGCAAUUCAUUCGAAGGGUAAUCAAACUACCCAGGUACUGCAAACAACUUAUACUUGUGAAACGGAUAUUAAACAUGCAUUGUGGUGUAAAUUUCAUACCAAUGUACCUGAUCAUUUGUCGAAAGGAAAAGACGUAGAAGAUGAAGAAAGUAAUGAUAAAACAGUGGAAUGCAUUUGUUUAAUUGACUCGUACACUCUUAAAGUGUUUACUGAAACUGGAGAAGAUUAUGUAUCUAGUUUACAAUUUCAGGUAUCUGCUGUUUGGUCAACAAAAUAUGGGAUACUGUUGGAAAAAUCGCAAGUUCCUGCAUCAGAAAUAAGACAUACAUCGUUAGGAGGAAAUAGAUUACAAGCACGUGGUGAUACAAAUCUGCCGGUGGUAUUUUCUCUUAUGCAUCCUUUGGAUGAAAUUUGUCCUGUACUUAUUAAACAUGGAAACAUAUCAUAUAUGUAUGAUUCGAAUCAAGAAAUUGUAUUUACAAGUUCUGAACCAUCUUUGGCUGUGAUAUAUGAUACAAAGACUGGUUUACAUUCUGUAUAUAAAAUACGUAAGGCUUUGGUAGAAGAAUGCCAGCUGGUUUGUGGAAAUAGUGAUUCUAUUCCUAGUAUAUAUAAUCAAACAGCAAGCGCGUCGCCAUUUAAUAUUGGAAGUAAUCUUUCGAAUAAUAAAAGUUGUACAAAUAAAGGACAUUUGAGUAUAUUUGGUGUUCCAAAUCCACAAUUAAGUAGUAUAGGAUUGGGAAUGUCAAACAGUCCAUUUGGUUCCCGUACAUCUUAUACUACUUGUUCAGGAGGACUAUCGCCUUCUCAACAGCAACAGCAACAUUCAAGAUCUCAAAGUCCAAUGGCAACUAUUUCACGUUGUCAAUCUCCUACUCAUUCUGGUUUUUCACCGUUACUUGGUGCACCAGCUAAUUCAUCUAUGCAUCACACCAGAUUGCAUCACACAGUUAUGGCCACUGCAUUAAGUCAUACGCAGAAUAGCCCUAUCGGCAAUUAUAGUAAUAUACAGCUACAAGAUAUUGUUGCACCAAGUAAACCAUUAUAUCCUGAUAUUUGUCUCGAUCAUGUGUGGAGCGAAAAUGUUGGAAUUCCAAAGGACGUUGUGUCUGGUCGAGCGUCUAAAGUUUUUCUUUCAUCCGAUCUUGUUGGACAAAGUUAUUUAUGCUAUUUAAUUCCGCAACGAUCUCAACUGUUUUUAGUGAGGCUCGAGAAAACGAAUAAACAACAACAAAUUAUUUUCGGUAUGGUAACAAGUAUCGUGGCGAAGGAUGCUGUUAGCGUACCUAAUUUGCAUAUGAUAGCGACAAUGGACUUAUCGAACGGUGUUGUAUUAUAUUCUGGCGUGACUUGCGUCGGCAAGUUGCACGUAACAGGGAUACUUCCAAAUUUAUCUGGAUGCAAUUAUUUUUUAUCCACUAUUAACCAUAAAUUAAGUUCCCCAUUUCCACGACGAAGUUCGUUGAUCUCUCAAAACUGUGCAGUGUCUCAUGAUAUUAAGUUCGAGGAAGGAAUGCACUUGUUAAGUCCUGUUGGAGGGAAUUGUGCGAGACCGCCUAUGUUGUUAGAAAAUUCUAUGGUACACUCUAAUUUUCUUGCCUUAAAAGAAGCAGUAGGAAGCAGAGUUACUUUAGAAUAUGGAAGUAAGAAUUUCUUUCGGAUAACGUUACCGGCAUCCAGUACCUCUCCUUUAGUUACUAAAUGUUUACAAACGUUGAGAAGCGUUUUGCAAAAAGAUUUAGCAAUGCAAUUAUUAGUAAAAUGGUAUGGAGCUCGCAAUGCUCCCGGGCCCCAAGAUUUUUCGCCAGAAAAGGAGUGGUAUCUUUUUCUAGUAGUUUUGUUUACAUUAUUGGGAUACGAUGUCGAGAAACUGCAAUUAAUUCAAAAAAAUGAAAAAGAUGAACUUGCCGAACGCAACAGUCCGAUGGUAGUGCCAAAGAAACAGAAAACAAACAACUCUGGAUCUAACGAUGAUUGGUUAUAUAUGAUACACUCCAUUAAGAAUGGAAAUUCUCAAAGUUUCAUUUCAAAUAUACUCGGUCUUCAGAAAACAUCGAGCGCCCUUCAAGCGCCGGUGCCGAGCGUCAAAGAAUCUAACAGUAUAGGAAAAAUAAAUGUACACUCCAUUUUAUUUCCAUACUUUCCAUUCGUUUUAUUUUCGUUGCAUCUGUUGUACGAAGAAUUAAAGUUAAAUUGCGUGAUGUCAGAAAGUUUACCUUUACUCGCACAAUUACUGUACCAGUUAAGCUUAGAUUUGAAAUUCAAUAUGUAUACCCACCAUUACUUUCUCGAUUUUCCUUCUAUUUGCCACCUAAGGCAUACUACGUCGCAAAUCAACGAAACAGAUUUGCAGAAAAUUACUGUACCAAAUUAUAUACCAUCGGAACCACCAAAUAUAUUCGAAACAUUAAACAAUUUAUUGAAAAAAGUAGAAAUACCGGCGUUUCCUUAUUUGGGCCAAGUAAAUCCAAGAACAAAAAACAUCAUUUAUUUAACGGCACAUAUAGCGAAUGAGAACGAAGUCAACGUGCUGGAAAUUGACAAAUUUGUAAAACAUAUAAUACCAGUUGGCAGUCGGAUAGACUUUCAGGAAAAUGGGGGUAAAUACGAUAAAGAGAUAUUUAAAAAGGUUGAAUAUUCUACGACGGAUGGAAUAGUGUUGAUGUAUCAUGAAAUGGGUAUGACUAAAAAAGAUCUUGAAAUAUUACCUCCUGGUGUGUCUCUGUUGUUAAAAGAUGUGAUGCAUAGGUGCAGGGAACGACCUCCAUCGAAUUGGCCGAUGGAAGCGUAUGAAUUAAUAGAUCGUCAAGAUUUAGCUGCAUUGGACAAACAUUUAAAAUCAUCCAGAUCGAAUCAGCAUAUGGAUAACGAAGGCAAAAAUUACUCGAUUAAGGAUCCUGAGCAAGACGACGGAAUGGAAUUUGAUGAUACUGUAUUAAAAUUGAGAUUUAAUAAAGAUCACAGGGUGGCGGAAGUUCGAAAGCUACUUAAUUCUUCGAAACCAGUAAGAAUAGCAAUAGUACAAAGACCGGAUAUAAGUGAUCACGAAUUUAUAGAGGAGCAAGAGAAACAUUUGCAUGCAUUGUGCACAAGAACAAUGGCACUACCAGUGGCAAGAGGAAUGUUUACACUGAGAACUUCGAUCCCUAUCAUCACAGAGCAGUUACCAAUACCUCGACUAUGCCUAACUGGAAAAGCACCGCCUCGCGGAACCACCGUAGAAUUGGCUCACAUAGACGUUCCACCAAAUAUGAAUUUAUGGCCAUUAUUUCAUAAUGGUGUAGCCGCGGGUCUUCGUAUUCAUCCAGACGCAUCGAAUAUCGAUUCAACGUGGAUAGUAUAUAAUAAACAGCAACAAAGGGAAUUUGGUAUCGAACAUUCGGGUUUCUUAAUGGCUCUCGGUUUGAACGGCCAUCUGAAAAAUUUAGCGCCUUUCAGUAUGUACGAAUAUUUAAUCGAAUGCCAUGAAGCUACCAGUGUUGGGCUGUUACUGGGAUUAUCAGCAACGCAUCGCGGCACGAUGAACGUUUCCAUGACUAAAUUAUUAUCACUUCACGUGGAAACGCUGUUGCCACCUACGAGUAUCGAAUUAAACGUUCAACAGAACGUCCAAGUUGCGGCCUUAAUGGGAGUUGGUUUAGUGUAUCAAGGGACUGCUCACAGACAUAUUUCGCAUGCUCUGUUGUCAGAAAUCGGUAGACCUCCGGGACCAGAAAUGAAAAACUGUGUUGAUAGAGAGUCGUAUUCUUUAGCGGCGGGUCUAGCACUAGGCUUGGUAGUGUUAGGAUGCGGAGGUGGACCAGAUUUAGCUAAUAUACCAGAUACUUUGCAUUAUUAUAUGGUAGGUGGGCACGUUAGACCUUUCGACGGAGCGCAAAAAGAUAAAUACAAAUCUCCUAGUUAUCAGAUAAGGGAAGGCGACUCUAUAAACAUUGAUGUGACAAGUCCCGGGGCAACGGUGGCUUUGGGCCUGAUGUAUUUCAAUACGGGAAACCGCGCAGUGGCAGAAUGGAUGCAAGCUCCUGACACUCAAUACUUGUUAGAUUUUGUAAGACCCGACUUCUUAUUGUUGCGGAUAUUAGCAAAAUCGCUGAUACUUUGGAACGAAAUUGAACCAACGAAAUCUUGGGUCUCCAGUCAUGUACCCAAUAUUGUUUACAAAUACAGAUUGCAGAAACCAACGUCUGAGAUGGCACAGAACGUAGACUUGGAAACCAUGAACCAAGCUUAUUGCAACAUCAUCGCAGGAGCCUGUAUGGCUUUAGGAUUGAAGUAUGCAGGCACUGCCAAUAGAAACGCAUUCAAAACGUUGUACAAUUAUGCUCAGAUGUUUACGGCAUUGUCGCAUAAAACUAUUGCCGAAUUAGCUGGAAAGUCAACCAUCGAAACGUGCUUAAAUGUUAUUUUACUUUCUGCUGCUGCUGUAAUGGCGGGUACAGGUGAUUUAGAGAUUAUGAGAAUAUGCCGACACGUGAGAACACGCGUAGGGCCUGCUAGUAGCGUUGUUACGUAUGGUUCCCAUUUAGCAACACAUAUGGCUCUAGGUUUAUUGUUUCUUGGAGGCGGAAAGUACACUCUUUCUAACAGUCCUAGUGCAGUGGCUGCUCUCAUAAUUUCUCUCUUUCCAAAAUUCCCAACACAUAGUAACGAUAACAGAUAUCAUUUACAAGCAUUACGGCAUCUAUAUGUAUUAGCAGCCGAACCACGUGUAAUUUUACCCAGAGACAUCGAUGGUUCUCAGUAUUGCUACGCUACCAUACACUUAACAUUUGAAUCCGAAAAAGAAGACGAAGGGCAAGAUUUGAUACUUCAAGCGCCGUGUUUACUGCCACAGUUGUGCAGCAUUAAAAAAGUUGAGUUAAAAGACGAACGAUAUUGGGAAAUUGUUUUCAAAAAGGGCCAUAACUGGCAGCAGCUUGAGAAUAUGCUUAAAAAAUGUGAAUCUUUAGAAGUUAAGCAAAGAGCCGGUUGUUUACCAUAUUUAGAGGAUCCUCAUGGUUUUAGAUGUUUAAUUGCUCAAACAUUAACAACGGAAAAUGUUAUUGCGUGGGCUGCUCGUCCCGAAUACGUGACUUCGUUUACAAAUAAUAAAACUGUCUUGAAUAUUGUAAAAUACUUUUUACAGUGGCCUAAAAAGGAGAAAAUUAAAGUCGAGAGUAAUUUAAAUUCGCAAUCCCAUGGCAGCGUAGCUAAAAGUAGUUCUGGAUAUUUGACACAAAGCUUGACGGAUGCAUCUGAAAGAGCAAGUUGUAGUUGGAACGAACGACAGGACUCGUCUGGCGAGAAAAUGGAAAUUGCUGAUCUAUCGACCGAUGAAAAGAAUACCAGCGAUUCGUAUAAACACAAAGAACAGUAUUCUGAAAUGACAGAAUUUGAAAAACAGUUCCUACAUAUGUUCGCUAUAAUUGUUUACGAAUGCGUAAUAAAGGAUAAAGUUACUCUUCUUCCUUUAUGGGUGAAUUUAAUAAAGAGUAUAGAGAUUAUAGAGAAAGAACCAAAUAGUUUUUCUGUUUGGCAAAUCAAACUUGUCUCGUCUCAGAUAUUAAAACAGUCUUACACGGAGAACAAAAAUCCGCUACUUAGCGCGGAAAGUGUGCUCGCAAUUAAACAGAAAAUUUCGUACAUCAUGGAUAGUUGGGAACAUGACCUAAAGCCAUACAUUAAAUCUUAUUUAACUACGGGAGAAAUUCAAGGUGAUUUAACAUUGUUGAGAAGAAUGUGUUCAUACUUCAUAUUUUAUGAAAUACCUCAUAAAAUGGAUGAUCAGACAAUCUUGGCGUCGUUACUCAGCUCAGAAAUAAGAUCCAAGGUACCCAAUGUUAUAUUGUACAAAUUGUAUAAAAUUUUAAAGUCGUGUUAGUCGUGUUACGUAUUAAUUCUUUAAACGGUCAUGAUUACUUUAUGCAUGAAAUAUCGAAUGAAAAAAUCGUAUCAUCAAAUUAAGUUGCAUUUGCAGAGAAUAUAGACUGAUUUUCAUCAAUCUGUUUUAUUAUGUACAAAAUACAAUAUUGUAGAUAAAAUCUGUUUUCUUAUUCAUAAUGCAUUAUGCAAUGAAAAAUAUAUAUACAAUCAAUGUUUAAGUGUAGGUAAGCUAGUUGCUAUACUAAUAAAAAAUUAAUUUAUUAUUUUGUAUAUACAACAAAUAUUGUUUACAAUAUAAAAUAAUUCAGAAUGUAGUUUCACGUUAUUUGGUACGUACGCAUAUCCAAAGUAUCCUAGGAACAUUCAGAUUGACAAUUUCAACACACUUACGUCUAUUUGAUCAUAUUAUUAUACAACUAGUUCAUAUACAUUCAUAUGCAUCCCAGUCAUAAGUGGGAGCAUAACAGCCUAUCUAUGAAUUUAUGUAACUCAGGAAUUCAUUAAUUUCGAUUUUUAAGUAAAUUUACGAUAUCUUAUGUCAUGAAACAAAUAUGCAAUAGUCAUUCUGUAU